AUGCUUCCAAUAGAAAAAGAAAAUUCAAGAGUUGCUACAACUAAACCAUUAGAUGAACUUUUUACUAAUGUCGGUCAAAAGUUUGAGACAGAGACCGUAAAGCAUGAAGGCUAUCGUUUUGACUACCCAUUGAGAUGGCUAAGAGACCCAUCCGUCACAAAAGCUAUUGGCUUUCGUAGAAUGAAGUUCAUUUCAGAAGCCAUACAUGGUUUCCCAUUUACGGUCGGUUUUGAAGUUCGAUACUAUAACAAAGAAAAACGUACGUAUGAGAAAUUUGAACAGGGAAAACUUUUACAAGUGAAUUUGCUUGUAAACUUAGAAACAACUCUUCAAGCUUUUCAAGAAAAAAUAAACGAUAUCUAUCUCGAAUAUGCAAAACAGUACAACAUUGACGAAGGAGAGUACCAUCUCGAUAUUUUAUAUGACAGGAAAAAUGCAACUGUUAAAAUCAAUAGAAUAGAAGACCUUGGAGAAAACGUUUAUAUUUCUACAAAAUAUAACAACUUGGCAUGGUAUAGAUUUUUGAGGAUGUUA